GUCACCGCCGCUCCGCCGCAGCCCCAGUGCAGACGGAGCCGCCCGGUCCCGGUGCCGCCCGGUCCCGCCGCGAUGCCCUCGGACCGGCCCUUCAAGCAGCGCCGCACCUUCGCGGAUCGUUGUAAAGAAGUGCAGCAGAUCCGAGAGCAGCAUCCAAACAAGAUCCCAGUCAUCAUUGAACGCUACAAAGGGGAGAAACAGCUGCCAGUGCUGGAUAAGACCAAGUUCCUUGUCCCAGACCAUGUCAACAUGAGUGAAUUGGUCAAAAUAAUCCGGCGCCGCUUGCAGCUGAACCCCACCCAGGCCUUCUUCCUGCUGGUGAACCAGCACAGCAUGGUCAGCGUGUCCACCCCCAUCUCGGAGAUCUACGAGCAGGAGAAGGACGAGGAUGGCUUCCUCUACAUGGUCUAUGCUUCCCAGGAGACCUUUGGCUUCUGAGGGCUGCUGACAGUCGGCUUGUGGAGACAGAUGAACUGUGGCACAGAGGCCCCUGGCCUCGGAGGACAACGCAGCCAGAGGCUCACGAGAGGGGGGCUGUGCUGACCCCCGUCCCCUCCCUCCCUCCCUGUCACCCUCCCUGUCACCCUCCCUGUCACCAAAGAGGCUCGUGGCGCGUGUUGGACUCGCACAACCCCUCCCCUGUGUAGGUCAGUCCCGCUCUCCCAGGCGCCCGCCCAGGCGUGUGACACCCCCAGCCAGCCCCGCAGACCCUGCUGGGGCCUGUCCCUCUGUCCCCGUUUCCCUCUGUCCCCCUGUCCCCGCGCUGCUCUCGCUGUGCUGUGUGUGCUCUGCUGCUGCCAGACCCGCUGGGCCGCUGUCACCCAGCACAGGGGGAGCCUCCUCUCCCCAAGCACUCACAAAGGGCAGGAGGUCUGCAGAAGCAGCUAACAGAUGUUACCAUUGCUCCCGAGUUUUAAUUGAUUUUAAUUACACCCAUAUCAGAUUCUUGGUGCUACUGAGUAGAUGUAGGCGUCUCUAUAGGACUGUGGAUAAUGUAUAUCCUUUAGAUUUAUUUUAUUGGUUUGUUUGUUUGGGUUUGUUUGUUUGGUUUGGUUUUUUUUAGGGAUAGAUUGGAAUGGGGAGAGGGGGAAACUUUCCUGUAUUCUGUAGGUAAUAAAUCAGGCUUCAUUGCACUUUAAAGCAUAGUAGAUGUCAGAGUGGAAUUUUCUUUUAAUUUAUACAGGUUUGCCAUCUAUAGUGCUGCUCCUCUGUUGACAGUUGUACCUAUAUUAUCUUGUUUCUUUGUUUUUUCUAAUAAAAUUGAUUUCCCUUC